UGUGUCUCUCGGCACUCGGCAGUAGUUGGCUUUUUAGCGCAGCGGAUACUGUUCAGUAUUACGUUCGUGUUCUGCGCGCGCGUAUCGUACGUAACUUGUGCGUGUGCUCGCGGCCACUGAAGGUACUGUCGACCACUGGCGACUAUCUGCAUUUUUUCUAUUUACAUUUACAUGUACUUGUCGCAUAGUACGCGAACGUAAGACAAAGUCAACAGUGUUUUUAGAUAAUAGGACUCGUUCCUAGUUUAGUGCGCUUUUACUCGCGACAACAGUGUUUGUGCACAGUGCAGCUCUCAGCGAAACUUCUCAGGAAACACGAGAAAGCUCGCCUGCAACGACACCCCCGUCGAGUCGUCGUCGUCGUCUGCAACAGAGAGCUAAAAUAUAAUACGUACACGAGGACCAGUGUCGGGUGUCGCUGCCGCCUUUCACUCUCUCUCUCUCUCUCUCUUUCAUAUCCUACCCUCGUUCGUGUUCGUGCGUGCAUCGGUGCCAGUAUUAUACAGUAUAUACUAUAUACAGUUCGCGCAAGCAGGAAGCAACAUCGACAAAAACCAAAGCGAAAAAGUGCAGCGCUCGAGCACACAGCUGAUUUUCAACGGCCUAUAUGACGCGCGGUAUACACAGGGGGUAGAAGUUAUAUAGAUUUGCAUGCCGCCGCCUCCCCACUGCUCUCGCUCACCCCUUGCGUGCGAGAUUAUAUUGCCUCGUGCGCAGCUCGAGCGCAGCCGCGUCAAUCCAGUAGCACAUACAGCCCUUGCACACACACACACACAUAUAUCUAUAAUUCGCCGUGCAAGACUCGAAUGACGUCAUAGCAAAACAGACCACCGACGCACACGCGAUAGCAGCAGCAGCAAUUUAAAAGUCUCUCUGCUGCUGCUGCUGCUGCUGCUGCUGCUGCACCAGCCCCCUCCGCUCCAACCCCCCCGGAGCUCCUCUCUGCGUGCUGGCUUCUACUGCUGCUGUCAUACCUAAUAUUUUCUGACUGCUGCACACUAUAACUGUGUGCGCCUCGAGCUUCGCAACUAGGCUGCUGCUGCUGACUGGCUGGCCUGCUGUACCAGAAAAACGCACAGAGCGAGACGACGUGUGUAUCGAGAGAAAAAGACUCUGUGCGUUGACGUGCUGCACGAAACGACAGAACUAGUGCACGCCAGUGUGUCUAUAAUAUUCCAGAGGAAGAACUAGUGAGAGAGAUAAAAAAAAAUAAUAAACGAAGAGAGAGAGAGACGCGACGACGCGAUGACGAGUAGAUAACGAAUGCAGAAAAUGAGGUGCAGCGUUGUUGUUGCUGACCUUCUACCCCUAUUGUCUUCGUCGCAUACUGCUGGUCAUUUGUUUGUCGCGCGCCUACUCCUCGUCUUGCUGCUCGUCACGCUCAAUCACAAAGCGUUGGCUGGCGAUGGACAGUGCAAGGAUAUCAAUGGAGUGAGUCAUGAGACUGGGAACCACUAUGUUCCUGGUCCUGAGCCCUGCACGCUCUGUGUUUGUAACAAUGGUAAUCCCACAUGGUGCAAGACGGUGUACUGCAAGUACAAAGAUCCAGACUACUUGUCGCACAGAAGUUGCAAAAACUUUAAAUUUGGUGACAUAUGCUGCGAGGUAAUUUGCCUUGAUGAAGUAUCAAAUGAAAAAUCAGAUGGAACUAACAUCUUAGACAAUAAUGCUGGUCUUAGCUUGGGACUACGAUUAGUUGCUAGUUGCAUAAUUGCUCUUCUUUCAUUAGCUCUUUUAAUAUUCCUGAUUCAUCGCUUAAGGCAAAGAAAACUCAGAGCUGGAGAACAAAAUCAUCAACUGGCCGAUGAUCAAAGAUCAGUCAGUAGCAUGGUCUACCUGGAUAGACAUACUGUGUCAAAUGGAGUGCCAAUAGAUCACAUGCCAUGUAGUGCUGGAUAUCAAUUGUGGAAAUCGCCAAGUAGUUAUUUCCCGCAAGGGGAAGCUCCACCACCUUACGAAGAAGCAGUCGCUGCUGCAAGGAACGAUCAAAUGCUACUACUCAGACAGCACGCUUCACCUUCUAAUUCUUCGGCUAAUUAUCUAACGGUUCAUAAUCCCACUAAUAUAUCGCUUAUAGCAAAUAGUCAAAAUGGUUUACCAUCUAGUACACCUGUGCUUACACAUAUUAAUCCCACGUGCUCGUCGCCUCUAAUCUCUGCUAGUAACAGGCCUUUAAGUAGUCCAGCUGCGCAUUCUUACUAUGAAUAUAAUCCAAACGAAGCUGUAGCCUCUGAUUAUUGCUCUGGUGCUUGCUCCUCCAGUUAUGGUACAGAAGCUAAUGUGUAUGAAAAUCUUCCAAUCGCUGCGCAUAGAUCUCCCUUGUCGAGUAACAAUCCCAGCAUAGCGCCUAAACACGCCUCGCACAUUAGCAAGCAACUCAUGCUGCCGACUAAUCAAAACGCACCACCCGUUCAAAAUUAUCAUCAGCAUACGACAUUGCCUCGUCAAAGCACCGCUUACACAAUAUCCUCGAGCAUACCGAACACCAGCGUAGGCUCUCACCGAACCAUUCCGAGAAGUCUUGCGAACGGCAGUGGUGGUGGUGGUGGUGGUGGCAGCAGCAGCUCGAGACUGCCCAGAGAAGAGAGCAGCAGCGUGCAUCAAUCGGUCGCUGCGCCGAUUUUCGAAAAAUUAGCCGAUCAUUCCGACAAUACACAAAGCAAAGCCAAUAAUAAUCGCUCGCCCAGAUCGAUGCUGCCAGUGUCGAUCGUUCCAUCGAGCAUCUCAUCCGCUCUGACCAGUUGCGAAGCUGCCGUUAGUACCAAUACUUAUUACAAUAGUUCCUCCAUUGCCAAGACAUCUUACACGCUCAGCAAAGCCGUGGAGCCCAAAUCGAGCAGUCAAACCUUAGCUUCUCUUAAUUUCAAGCCUCCGUUAGCGAGCGCGAACCAAGUCAACGAGGAGGGAAGCUUCGACUCCGUGACGUGUAGCUGCAACAAUGGCCAAGCCGCAGCUCCUACCAUCUCGACCAUUCACGACGACGAUUAUCGCAGCGAGUGCGAAAACUGCAAGAGCGCCAGCGCCUCGAGGUAUUACGCCGGAAACGAGGACGAGCUAGUCGCGUCGCCGCGUGAAACCAUGACAUUGCAGCGUCGACCGGCCGCCGCGGACGCCGAGGCUCACCAUCCGAACAAUUCGACCUGUCAAUAUUAUCGAACGUGUCACACGCUGCCCACGAACACGAAGCAGCAGCAACGCACCAGGAGUAACAGCUCGCGCGAAAAUUGGUUCAGCUCAGUGCCAAGAAGCUCGACGGAAUCUUCGGAAGGUGACUAAGUCAUAACGUUCUACACUACAAUAUUAAAGCAACAUUUAGUAUAUAAUAGUAUAAUAAUAGGGACGUGUGUCCGUAUACGCGAUUCGACAAAAAGUAUGAAUCGUUACUUUUUAAGCUCUACUUGUUUACUUGCGUACUCGUGCGUGCAAACGUGAUGUAUAUUUAUGCGUGCGCGCGCUUGUGUUCAGGUAUCGAUUUUAAAAUCUUAAAAUCUGUGACAAACCAUUGACGAUACCGAAACAUAGUUUAUAUAGAUAGCUCGAAGCAUGUAUAGCAGAUCGCUCAACGGUUUUGAAUAAUUUACUGAUAUAUAUAUCUUUAGCGUAUCGCCUAACGAUAUAGAGCAUUGUGAUGACGAUGAUUUUAAAUUAUAAUAAAUUUUAAAAUAAUUUUUUCGUUCAAGACGCGCGUUAGAGCGCAUUCCUUAACACGUUAUCAUAGAAACUUAUAGCAUUGAACGCCAGUUUUUCUAGACUGUGCUCCUUACUCAUUUUCACCAGAUCUGUGAUUAAUUAAAGAAAUCUCUAAAGGUAAACGAGGUACCAAAACGUAAUAAACGCGACAGCUUAACUAUUUUUUAAAUGACAUCCAAAGUCUAAACUUAAUAAUACAAAAAACAUUCUAUUUCACAAAGGUUAGACUGAUAAGAUUUUACGGUUCGAUGUAUAAUGAGCGAAUCCGCGCCUUAUCCUAAAAACUAAUGCUUAUAAUUAGUUUAUUGUAUGAGACGUGGAUUUGCUCAUAUGUAUAUGAUCUGCUUAACUAAUUAAUAUAGUUACCACUAGCUGAAUCAAAGAAUUAACAGUAUUAGUCAUUACACAUAGUCUCUUACAAAUAUACUUAUAUGAUGCAGAUAAGUUUUUUGACCUCUCUUAUCGUGAUUCUCGUUGAAGGUUAUGUCACAAAUCUUGAAUAUAAUAUUUGAAAUGUAAUUUCCUGAGUUCUUACGCGAGACAAAAGUUUAAGUCGAAUACACAAAACGCUCGAGGUCAAUGUUAAAAAUUUGUGUAACGAUUUUUCAAUCGAUAUGGAAAGUAUGAAAAAAAAACAAAAAAUAAAUAAUACGAUGUUUUUUUAAAUCUCGAAGGCUAAAAUUUCGAUAAAUAAACCCCAAUGAAUAAAUAGGAAAAUAGAUAAAUAUAUAUUUCCUCAUAAACUAUUUUAUUAAAAAAGAGAUUAAUAAUGAUAAUUAAACGAAGUAACGUUUAAAUUAAACUUUAAAAUGUUCAACACUUUGAAUAAGUUGUAAAAGAAUAAAUCAUGUAUUCAAUGUAAAAACGUCACGUUAUCAAUUGUAAUUCAGUUUCUUAAAUGAGUAGUCAUUGUAUGACAAGUAGUUAUUUCUGACACACAAAUUAUGCAUCUCUAAAGAUACGAUCCAAUGAUUUUUUUUGUAAGAAGUUUAACUUGAAUACUGAGACUAUUUACGAUUUAUCAAGUCAAGUAAAUGUCAAACGGUCCUACAUGCACGAAUUUAAAUUUUAAUUAUUAGUUAAAUGAGCAUGGGAUCAAUUCAAACACACACAAAGUGUGUCGAUGAAUCAAGUGCUAUUCUGUAAAUGUAAUGCUAUUUGAUUAUUCAAUUAUUACUGGUCAAUGUAGACAUAUCAGUAUUAGGUGUUACAUGAUUAAUUUAAAUGUGUUAUCGUGAUUUUUAGUACUUUUGAUUUUUAAAUCGUUGUAAUGUUAAAUUUCAAUAAAAGAUUUUUUUGUUUGUUAUGUUUCUGUAGAAAAACAACUUAAGAAUAUGCAUUACUUAAAAGUACAUCGACCAAUUUUUCUUGUAUGAAAAUUAUACACGUCAGGGUGUGUGUUUUAACCGUUAGUGUAUGUAUUCUCAGCGAAUGAAGUUUAGUCACUCGAAUAGUCUUACGUAAACGUUUCUUAAUUUGUUGUUUAAGUUUGUUUUUGUUUUAAACGACAUUAAUUACUACGUAUGCUCACUGUUUUUUUUCUCAAUUGAUAAAAGUCAAAGGUCUGCCUCCAAGAAAGCUAAUAAUCUAUAGGCUACACUUCGGUCAGACAAUAUACCAAAUAUAAAUAGAUCAUUGUCUGUUUCCUGUGUAUAAUUUUGUAAAUAUGAUACUCUUCUUAUCCUAUACUUACUAUUUAAACGUAUAUUCUGACCAAGUUCAUAAAACGACUGAAACUAAUGAAAUCAAAGCUUUUAAUAAAAACGAGUGUCUAACCUGUCGCCUUGACGAAAAAUCGUUGUAAAAACAAAGUUGAAAAAAAAAAUAAUAAUUGAGCGUUCAAAAAAAACAACAACAGCAUACUGUAAUUAUAAUUCGGUAUAUAAUAAAACAGAAUCCAGAAAUGUGUUCAUAUGUGUAUAUCAAUUACAUUAAUAUUUUAUCAAUUGAUACACAAAGUGUUAACAUUCUAAAAAAUGAAAAUAUGAAUUACGUAGGGUUUUAAAUAUUGCAAUGUAGAAGACGAAGCCUGUGUAUAAUCUCUGCCAUACUUGGACUUUAAAAAUAAAAAAAAAAUUAGACUCCGUAGCAGAGAAUUAGCUAAUGAAUCAUGUAUUAAAAAAAAAAAACUUUUCUUUCUCCGUGAUAUGUGUUUAUGUAUAGUAGACGUAAGAGAAUAUCAUCAUUAUAAACGUCUCAUUAUAUGAACAAGCGCAGUAAUGUAAUAAUUACAAAAUAAACGUACGUACGAUGCGAAAAA